GCAUCGUGCAAGUCCAAACAUUCAGCUCCACAAUCACCGUCCUCUUUGGGCUCUCCAACCUACCAAGCCAGGUACAAUCAUGAUCAACGCACGACUAGAAUGACACAGUCCCCAGCCCAGGACUCUGCCAUCCUUUACCACAAUGCAGAAAACACAAUCUUUCUCGUCGAUACACCUCAUUCUAUAGCCCUCGCGCAAGAAUCAGUCUGGUCCUCCUCCACAAGCAAACAAGCCCAAGCUUCUCGAUCACGAGAUUCUUCGGUACCUUUACAGGGGGAAAAGAGCAAGAAAAGAAGAUGGCUGUUAUCUUCGCCACCACUGGAAGCCCCAUUUCCAUCUACGGAACCCAAGUCGCAUGCUGCUCGUGCGAAGGUGCUUGGGAGCAUUCCGGCCAGUGAGCAGCGAUUCCAUGGGGAUUUCAUUCAACCGCUCGUUGAGUCCGCUUUGGUUGUGCUUCGGGGUGAAUAUCAGACCCGUGGAGGUGGAUGGUGUCUCCCUCGACGUGUCCAUGAUGAUGAUACCCCGCAUCAAUUGAAUGUGUCUACGCAGCCUGCUGGCAGGCGGUUCAACGCUGUUAGGAAGCGGCGCAAUGAAGAUAUCUCGGACACCGGACAUGAAGCUUGGGGGCCUGGUGACGAUCAAUUUUCGCAGGCGAAACCGCCGGUUAUUUUGUCCUCUACGGCUAUCAAUUCCUUCGAAUCAGUAAGCGAGUUGAACGGCAGCAUUGUGAAGAACCUUUCCUCGGAGAGUGUCACUCUUGCUAUCCGUUCCUCGUCGCACUAUGACUGCCAUAUAUACAACGAGUACAUCAUUCCUCCAUAUGCAAACUUCAUCCUCUGCACCCUGCCUAUAUCACAACCAGAGCGCAGUUAUCCCGCUCAGAUCACCACACUUACCCAUCCAAUCCCGGCAAUCCUACGGGGUCAAAGGUUCAAUCUCCUCCUCUUCGAUCCUCCUUGGCCAAAUCGGUCCGUCCGACGGAGUAAACACUAUCAGGUUAAUGAUUACUCUGAGAUGGCGAUCCUGACACAGCGACUACGGGAUAUCCUUCGAGCACAUGCUUAUCACACCGGUGAUACGCUGCUAGAGGAAUCCGCGAUAGGCCAUCUUCAACACGGCAGAGAUGCGCAAAGUCGUGUGUCGCUUGCGGCUAUCUGGAUUACCAAUGCUGAAAAGGCACGUCAUGCUGCUUACGAUGCACUCACUAGCACUGGGUUCCGCGUUGCUGAGGAAUGGGUUUGGGUUAAAACUACGGUCGAUGGUCAACCGACUUCCGCGGUGGAUGGGCUUUGGCGGAAACCGUAUGAGAUUCUCGUUAUUGGACGAGCAGAUUACAACGGAGGUACCGUACAUUCGAGCCUUGGGGCCACGAAUGAGGACAGUAUCUUGCAUGGAGAUGACUUGUUGGGUAUUGACCCGGCUGGUAUCAGGAGACGAGUUAUCGCCGCGGUGCCGGAUCUACAUUCGCGCAAGCCAAAUUUGAAGGAGGUCUUUGAGCGGGUGUUUUUCAUGGAAGGACAUGGAAAGGAGAGUUCAGAAUCGGAUGUAAUGCUUGCUAGAGUACAGUCGUAUUCUGCGAUGGAAGUGUUUGCAAGGAACUUGACGGCUGGGUGGUGGUCGUGUGGGAACGAGGUUCUCAAGUUCAAUGCUAGCGAGUGUUGGGUGGAUGAAUGACCGCUGGCUAGAAUUGUUACUAAGGUAGUCACAGAGAGAGUGGCCUCAUACUUAUUUUGAAGACUAGUCUAGGCUACCUGGUGAUUUAAUAUAGCUGACUGGGG